AUGUUAGAUUCGAUUUAUACCUUGCCGUCAAUACUACUCGUAUCGUUGAUCUACCUUGUAUACUGGCUAUCGAAAUAUCAACAAAAGAACCAUCAUCACAAUCCGACAACAUCGCAUAAACAUCAAUUGACAUCACCUCCAAAUGACAUCUCCGAAAUUGAUGAUUCACCAAUAUGGAUAUUCGAGAGAUCAGGAAUAACGAUUUCUUUAUGGACACAAUCAUUCAAUGCUCUACCUAAAGAUUUGUUGAACAAGCUGAACGUGAAACUAGUUUUAUUCAGACGAUUGAAGAUAAUAUACAAUGUAGGUAUUGGAUUAGGAUUAUUGGGGAUGAUGGUUGCUUUUAUUGGAAGUCUGUGGGCUGUCAUCUCAGUCUGGAAAGAAGUUUGGUUGGAAAUAAGUUUACACACCAUACAAGUCAUAUCGGAUCAAGUGGAACAAGCUACAACGCAGGAAAUCGUUAAAAGAGCUCUGGACAUAGCGGGUGAAAAGGAAAUUAUAUCGAUUCAGAAAAGUGGGAAAGGGAAAUGGGAUUUCGCAGGUGGAUUACAGCCUCUGAUACCUGGUCUGACGAUGCCAUGGACUCAUCUACCCACUUUGAUCUUAGCUUUAUUGAUCAAUCAGUUGAUACAUGAAUUCGGACAUGCAAUCAGUGCUGCAUUAGACGAUAUACAACCUUCUCGAUUCAGUUUGAGUUUACAUGCUGGAAUACCAAGUAUGAUGAUAUCGUUUCCUUCCACAGUCGAUAACUUGGAUCCAAAUGCAAAGAUGCGAUUGGCCACUUCAGGUCCAUUCCAUAAUCUCCUAACUUGGUUUUCCGUAUGGCUUCUCACUUUUUCAGGAAUAGGCAGUAUUCUUUGGUCUGAUAGGAAUAUGGAUGGGAUUAUAGUGCAGGAUGUUCAUUGGAACUCCCCAUUAUAUGAUCAUCUUCAAGCAGGGUCAUUGAUAACUCAUCUUGAUGAUAUCCCACUUUUCACGUCGUCUACUUCGAGUCCAGAUCAAUGGUCUGAAUAUUUACUUUCUGAUAGAAUUGGAGAUGUUGGUAGAGGUUGGUGCAUGGAUAAAACUUCAUUCCUAUCACAACCAUUACCGCCUUGUCAAACCAACUCUACUUCCUCAUCACAUAGUUCGAAGUAUUCCGAACGUAAUCAAGAUUCAAAGAUAAUGUUCAGAUCUACAUAUGGGCCAUCAAAAGGUGAAGAAAGAUGUUUAUCACCACAUCCUAUACUAGACAUCAAGUCGACUAAAUGUCCUUGUCCGGAUUCAAGGUGGGUUUGUAUCCGACCUUUUGUAGAGGUAAUCGGUGAGGGAGAUUCAUCAUCGAGAUCAGAUAUAAUCGGAGGUACUGAAAACAGUAAUGAACAUGGGAUACUAAGAAUCGGUGUGAAAGAAAAUGAUGAUCAGAAUAUAGAUGAAAAAGUAAUUCUUUGGAUAGGACCGAGGGCAGAAGUUUAUAAUAAUGUUGAAAUAUCAAAUAAAGGUGCUAGAGGAUGGAAAGCUGGUAUCAGAUGGGCGGAUCUAUUCUUCAAAUACAUAUCAACCAUAUCACUUUCAUUAUUCUUAUUCAACUUAUUACCAUUACCAUUGACUGAUGGCUCACAACUACUCGUUUCACUCUUGGAAUGGAGAUCAAUUGUGAGACCUUCAACUUCCAAUUCAAGUCAUUCACUUCAAGCUACUUUAACACAACCCUCUGAAUCUGAAAUAAGGGAGACGGAAGGAGCAAGAUCGGAUGUAGAGGUAUAUAGGCAAUAUGAGAUCGACUCGGAUGAUGAGAUUGAUGAAGAAGAAAUGAUAGGAAGAGAUAAUGAUUACUCGGAGGCAUCAACGAGAAAGGAUGUAGUAUGGAAAAGAUGGGUGAGGAGAGCUAUACAAUCUUUGUCUAUGGUCUUGGUUGGAAUUUGGGCAAUAGGUUGGUUCAUGUUGUUCUUGUUGAGAUCAAGUUAG